GAGGAAGAGGAGGACGAGGAGGAGGCGGCCGGGGACGAGGGGGACCUGGAGCUGGACGAGGAGGAGGAGGAGGAGCUGGCGGGGGAGGAAGAAGAGGAGGAAGAGGAGGAGGAGGAGGAGGACCCGGCCGCGCUGCUGCUGCUCUCCUCGUCCUCCUCGCCCUCGCUGCCGCCUCCCCCGCUGCUGCCGGCGCUGGGCUCCGUGCUGCUGUCGCCCGCUUUCGAUGCUCAGGAGGCGGCGGCGGCGCUGUACGGGGUGGACGAGCCGCAGGGCAUGAUGGCGGCGGGGCUGCCCCACGCCUACAGCGGCGGCGGCGGCGGAGGGGGGGCGGCGGCGGCGGCGGCGGCCGCGGGCCUGAACGGCGAGCAGGCGGCGCUGCUCCGCCGAAAGAGCGUCAACACCACCGAGUGCGUGCCCGUGCCCAGCUCCGAGCAUGUGGCCGAGAUCGUGGGCCGCCAGGGUUGCAAAAUUAAAGCACUAAGGGCCAAGACGAAUACUUACAUUAAGACCCCCGUUCGUGGAGAAGAACCCAUCUUUGUCGUCACUGGACGGAAAGAGGACGUAGCCAUGGCCAAAAGGGAAAUUCUCUCCGCUGCUGAGCACUUCUCCAUGAUCAGAGCGUCGCGCAACAAAAACGGUCCUGCCCUGGGAGGCUUGCCAUGUACCCCCAACCUGCCAGGGCAGACAACAGUCCAAGUCAGGGUGCCUUACCGUGUAGUUGGGCUCGUGGUUGGACCUAAAGGAGCUACAAUCAAAAGAAUUCAGCAGCAGACGCAUACCUACAUAGUCACUCCCAGCAGGGACAAGGAGCCCGUCUUCGAAGUGACGGGGAUGCCUGAAAACGUCGACCGGGCGCGCGAGGAAAUCGAGAUGCACAUAGCCAUGCGUACCGGCAACUACAUCGAGCUGAACGAAGAGAACGAUUUCCAUUACAACGGUACCGACGUGAGCUUUGAGGGAGGCACUCUUGGGUCCGCGUGGCUUACUUCUAACCCCGUCCCUCCUAGCCGCACCAGAAUGAUUUCGAAUUACAGAAAUGACAGCUCCAGCUCCUUGGGAAGUGGCUCCACAGAUUCCUAUUUUGGAAGCAAUAGAUUGGCUGACUUCAGCCCAACCAGUCCGUUCAGCACAGGCAACUUUUGGUUCGGAGAAACGCUGCCUUCCGUGGGCACGGAGGAGCUUGCAGUCGACUCUCCUGCGUACGACUCCUUACCGACGCCUUCCCAAACCAUUUGGACCCCUUUCGAACCCGUAAACCCGCUCUCUGGCUUUGGUAGCGACCCUACGAGUAACGUCAAGCCUCAGCGCAGAGGGAGCCAGCCAUCCACUCCUCGCCUGUCGCCCACCUUCCCGGAAAGCCUGGAGCACCCCUUGGCUAGGAGAGUGAGGAGCGACCCACCUAGCACGGGCAACCAAGCCGGCCUUCCGAUCUACAUCCCCGCUUUUUCUAACGGUACCAACAGCUAUUCCUCUUCCAACGGCGGCUCCACCUCCAGCUCGCCCCCCGAGUCGAGACGGAAGCACGACUGCGUGAUAUGCUUCGAGAACGAAGUCAUUGCGGCCCUGGUCCCCUGCGGCCACAAUCUCUUCUGCAUGGAGUGUGCCAACAAAAUCUGUGAAAAAGAAACGCCAUCGUGUCCUGUUUGCCAGACAGCUGUUACUCAGGCAAUCCAAAUCCACUCUUAAGUAUAUAUAGAUAUUAUUAUUAUAUAUGGACAUCUAAAGGCAUGGGUGUAAUGGUACCCUCUAGUAAACUUCCUAAGUAAUUCUGACUGUUGGGCUUUCUUGGGAUUAGGCUAAAGUUGUUAAUAAAUCUAUCCGUUCCUAAAAGGCUGCUACGGUAACACUAAACCUAGGUGGUCUCUGUCCGGUUCGGUUCCAGCAGAUGGCAUGCAUAGCAGAGGUGCAUCUGGCGUAAUACGGCACGGCGAGGGGAAGUUUUGAGCAAUUACACAACUGCAAAAGAAAUUUUACAGGCUUUCCGAAGGAUCUCAGUUGAGCGUUUGACUUCUGUGUGCUGGCAGCAACGAACCUCAGAGCCUAAGCACAGAAGUACCAGUCUGCUGCCGAGGGUUUGUGGCAUUAUCAAUAUAUCAAACAACACUUCCAAUGCUGCCUUCUUUACACUGCCAGUUUUGAAAAAACAGGUUUGGGGAAAUCUUUUUCUUUUGCUUGAUGCAACAACUUAUGCCUAAUUCUUCAGCAUUGCAAAUACUUUUUUUUUUUCUUUUAAAGCGUAGUUCGAGCUCUUGACAAGGAUUUAAGGUUAUCGGCAGGAUCAGAAUGAAUUACUGCUACGGUGAGCGGGGAGAGAAGCUGCCCGCUGCACCUCCUUGUUUCGCCCAAGGUGUUGACAGUAGUAUGUUCAGAGGAUCAGGAACGUAUCGUCUCGAUUGUGAAUUCCUACCCACUGCUUUUCUUAAUGUAAUGUGGAAGAGUCCGGCUGGCUUCAUCCCAUUUCAGUAAGGGCUUUGGGAUGCACAUACUUCGACUAAUAGUG